UGGAGAGGAUGUGUGGUAAUAAAAACAGGCGGCGCUGCCAACAUUGUUCCACAAAGUCCCGACUGAGCGAGAGAACUGGUACAGAGCGUCUCACCCUCUUGCCACAGUUUGGUUUUCAUGUUCCACGAGUUUGUCCAGGGAGAAUAAUCGGGGGGACCAUGUUUUUCAUUCCUCUGGUAGUUUGUUUGACGAGUCUUCUUUGCUCCGUCCCUGUCUCCUGUUGUGAUUACGAGUGUGCAGACAAACCUGAGUUCACUCCGUCCAGACUGAUCGUGAAACACGGCGACUCUGUGUCCGCCACGUGCAAAGUGUGUCAGUCCUGCACAGAGUUACUCAGUCUGGAGAGAGCGGUCGGACGUCACACAACAAGCGGAACCACGAUCACGUGGACGGUUGACAACAUGACCCAGUGGAGCACGAAGGCUAUAUGCCAUUAUAGACAUGGUGAAACGCAGUGCUGCACCGCCCUGAAUGUUACUGCUUACAAACCUCCAGACAGUGUCUCCAUCAGCCUCUCUCACUCGGGCCCGAUGGUGGAGGCUCAUCAGUACACGCUGCGGUGCGACGUGCAGAACGUUGCUCCAGUUCAAAACCUGGUGGUGACCUUCUACAGAGGUCAGACCCCACUGGGUCAACUGAAUUCCACUAGUGACCCACAGAAAGAACCACAGAGCGAGGGUUUCUCUCUGAGCAUCAACGCCAGCAGAGAAGACGACGGAGCUCAGUACCGGUGUGAAGCCGAGCUGAACCUGGGACCUUUCGGACCACAGCCCCCUCUAGUGGUGAAGUCACAAAAAAUCACCACCACCGUCCACUAUAAACCUCACGUGGAGAGGUCAUCCCAUCCGGACCCCAUCGUUGUCACAGUAGGAGACCGUCUCCAGCUGAACUGCUCAGCUGAGGGAAACCCCCCCCCGUCGUUCACCUGGCAGCUCCCUGUGCCCUGGCGCCCAGUGCCCUCCCUCACCGCCCCCACUCUCAUCAUUGAGUAUGUCACCGUGAGGGAUGAUGGCCAGUACGUGUGUUUCAUCAGAAACAAAAUAGGGACCGUGAACGGCACUUUCAACGUGCAGGUCAAAGCCACAACUACAGCCCCAACUACAACAGCAACAACUACAACAGCCCCAACUACAACAGCAACAACUACAGCAACUACAACUACAGCAACUACAACUACAGCAACUACAACUACAGCAACUACAACAACCACACCAACAACAACUCCAACAACCACCACCGAGCUGACCCCUGCCCCGAGCAGCAGCACCAGCAUCGCACUGACUCGCUGGUUUAUGACGUGGUUCAUGAUUUUAUUCUCUCUCGUGAUUUGAGCUUCAGAGAAAUUAAGACCCGACAAUAAUAUGUAAUGUAACCAUGACGAUAAGCGGUGUAGCUCGCAUCUAAGGUCAUUGCUAUAAGUUCUGCAGCACGGCGCCAGUACUAAUACUCACAAAAACACAAAAAGUUUAUAAGCUGUAAAUGGUUGAAUAAAUAAUACAUUUUUCAUG